CCCAAUACACAUAAGGAACUAUGGCUGAUGGCAAGGAUCCUGUGAGCCAGCUCAGGGACUUGGUGGAUCUGAAGGAUCAGCUGGAAGAUAUCCAGAGACGGAUCGAGGAUGAGAUACAGACUGGGGUUCCUCCGGGAGGCAGUCUGCUGGCUUCUCCUUUCCUGAAGGGGUUUCUAGCUGGGUACAUUGUUGCUAGGCUACGCUCCUCUGCGUUGCUAGGUGUUGCUGUUGGAACGUGCACAGGAAUCUUCGCUGCACAAAAUUAUGCUGUUCCCAACAUUGAAAACUACGUCAAAGACUACAUUAACAAACUGAAAGGAGGACGCAACUAAGAAGAGAGGAGGAAACAUAAGAAGAGGUUGCCUUUACAGCCGCAUACGGGAACAGAUACUGUACCUGUCAACGCUCUGGACACACCUUCCCAUUCAUUUGAAAGUGUGUCCAAAGUUUUGACUGGUACUCUAUGUAUUUGGAAAAAAGCUGUUUGAACAGCUAUUUAUUUCUUCUUCCACAUGGAUGGAUAAAUAGGAAAAUAAUCUGAAGUUUCAAGCCAACCUGUAGAAUAAAGCGUUACCUGAGUGUGGAGAAUAGGUGACUAUAAUGCUAAAGUAGACUGAGCAAAUUGAUAUGCAUGUACUAAAAGGAUAACAAAUGCAAUUAAUCACUACAUAUGAGACCCCAUAUGUUUUUCCAAUUUGGUUAAUGAAUGAAAUUUAGAUAAGCUGCUGCCAUUUAAAGAAUCUUUAUUACUUCUAUUAUUGAUUUCUUUGCUACAAUUUAUAUGCUUUGUGGGGAUUUCUUAAUACACAAUAAGACUAACCAAUAGCCACAAUUGGGGGCCAGGCAUGUUGCAAUUCCCCUGUUUUCUAAAAGAGGUUAAUUAGAAAAAAAUGCCCCACCUCGAUUAUUAUCCUCUCAAUAUAGAUUGUUGAGUGUCUCCCAGAGGAAUAUUUUGCACGAUGCCUCAGUGCUUUAUAAAGUUUGUCCUUUUUUAGUGUUGAACAGGACGCAUGUGAGAUUUAUAGAUGUAUUGUCCUCUGUGAUGUCUUCUGUUCUCUAGUGGUCAGAAAUCAAUUAUAGCAGCCAUAACACAUUUUUGCUCAAGAUAGAUCAUGUAAAAACUGUCCCAAAUCACAUCUCUUGGUGCUUCUCUGAGCAAAACCUGUCAAAACCUUUCAUGAUUGUUGUUGGUUUUUACAUUGCUCUCAGGUGUCAGAGCAAAGCCUGCAGUGUGAUGUAAUGUCUUUUGCAGGUAA